AUGAAUAAGAAACAAUUGAUUUUUCUCUUGCUUUCUCUUUCCCGUCCCACCUCAGCUGUCGUGGUCGUGCCCCAGCAGAGUCCCUUCCCACUUGUGGACACAUCUCCGACCGAACUCAUCGCAUCGUCAUUACCACCGCCGCUGCCGCCGCCGCCAUCGCACGACCCUGCCUCCAUCACUUCCUCGGAAACCGCCAACCCAACCAACACAACAGAUACCACCAUUCCCGCCACCUUCUCGUCCUCCUCGUCCCUGUCGUCCACCAUACCCGCCGCUGCGUCGUACACGUUCCCGUCGCACACAUCCAAGCCCGCGCCCACAUUCUCGCCAUCAACGAAGCCUGCAGCGUCCAGGUGGUGGGCCGCAGACCCUCGUCCGGCGGUGCCCUUGCCCACAACCCUCACCACCGCGCCCAGCCCCAGUCCCAGCACCACCACCGCCUCCCCCGCCUCAACCACAACCUCGACCAACACCACCACCACAUCCUCAACCGCAUCCCCACCCCCGCCGCCUCCGCCACCUCCACCUCCUCCUCCACCACCCCCCGCCCCCGACCCUCUCCCGCCCAGCUCCUCACCCUACUGCCUCCCACCAGCCACCCGCUGCGACCUCUUCUUCACGCACCCGGAGCUGCCGCACCUGACCUUCCACAUCCACACGCCGUGGACGAUAAGCUACCCGGACCAGCUGGGCCGCGGCCUGCGCGCGCGCCACUACAACACGGUCGUCAACGUCACAGCGCUGCGGGGCACGUGCGGCUGGCGCAUGCUGGACGACGUCGGGCUAGCGGCCGUGGCGCGGGGGAAGGUGGCGGUGAGGUGGGAUGAGGGGUACAACGACGAGGGCGGGAUGAAGGGGAAGAAGAAGGGAGAUGGAGGGAAACAUCACGGGCCGGGUGGGAAUGACGGGAAAGGGGAUGAAGAAGGGGAGGAUGGUGAUGGUGCGAAUAUGGGAGAGGAGGACGGAGACGAGUGGUGGCAGGAAGGGGAGGAUACGGUCAAAGCUGCCGUCGGGGCGCUGGCUGGGACAAAGGCCGAGAUACGCAAGGUGCUGGAGCGUACGUAUCCAUGGGUAGAGAUCUUCUUGAUUCUCAUUCUCACACUUUGGCCGGUGUGCAUUAUCGCGGCACUGGGCGGCUGGGCGAUUGUGAGCAUGGUGUGUUGUGGGAGGAUAUUGUAA